AUGACCAAGUUAACACGGGGCCCGUCGAUACGCGUUUAUCCAUUAACUGAAACUCCCUCUAUUUUUACUUCUGGCCCAAGCGCGUCUUCACAAUUUAAUCCAACUCCGGUGACUUUAGUUGACAACGACUUUUUUUCUUCAAUAACUGAGGAUGAUCUUACUGAUAAUGAGUGGUUCACUUUUAGUCAACAAGAUUUAGAAGAUCUUCGACAAAGAAGCCUUAUCAACAAGGAAAAAAAUUCAGAUUCUGAUGAACUUAGUAAUACCUUGAGCUCUGUCGAUGUUGAUGACAUUAUUUCAUUAGGAAGCUCAACAAUAGAUGAUUUAUUUUCAGAUAAUGCUACUGAAGAUGAUAACGCUCAAACAACCUUAGGAGAUAAAACUCAUGAAGCGAUUGUCAUUAAUGAUGAUAAUGACGACGAUAACAACAAUAACAAUAACAACGACAACAACAACGACAACGACAACGACAAUGACGAAGACGACGACGACUUGGAUUUUGAUAUUGACAGCAAUGAUAGUUUUUUUAAUACCACACAGGAAGUCAAGUCAAAGAUAAACCCAAAUAACAAGGUUAAAAAUAUUUUGGAUUCCUCUAAUCUAGAAAAUUAA